AUGUGGACUAAUGCUGUUUACUUUGAGCCACAAUACCGAAGUGCUCAGAUAAUGCUUACCAAAAUUGUCAAAUUGAUAUCAAUCAUCGAUGAUACGUAUGAUUCCUACGCUACGAUUGACGAACUUCGACUAUUGACAGAUGCAAUUGAGAGUUGGGACAUUAAUGCUAUUGAUGAACUACCGGACUACAUGAAAUUCCUUUAUAGCACUAUUUUGAAUCUUUACGGGGAACUUGAGACUGAACUAGAAAGUGAAGGCAGAUCUUAUGGUGUAUCCCAUGCAAGGGAUGCGCUAAUACAAAUUGUGAAAGCAUACCAUAUCGAGGCAGAGUGGCUGAACAAAGGCUACGUUCCGUCAUUUGAUGAGUACAUGGAAAAUGCCCUAAUUUCAAGUGGUUAUCAUGUAUUUGCAAUAUCAUCGUUCCUUGGAAUGGAAGAAAUUGGAACAAUGGAGGCUUUUGACUGGCUAAAAGGAUUUCCAAACAUUGAUACGGCUGUGCAAAUUAUUUGA